AUGACUUCUAUCAUCGUCCUAGUUACUGGAGCAAACCGUGGGAUUGGUAAAGGUAUUUUGGAGCUCUACCUUCAGAAACCAAACCAUACUGUGAUUGCUGCGACUCGCGAUCCAAGUCAUCCGACUUCUCAGGCCCUGGACGAUCUCCCCAAAGCCGGCAAUACCGAACUGCAUAUCAUAAAGAUCGAUGCAACCUCAUCCACGGAUCCUACAGACGCGGUAAACCAGCUUAUCAACAAGGGUAUUGAUCACAUCGACAUACUGAUUGCGAAUGCGGGAAUUUGCCUUCUCUGGCCACGAGUAUCCGAAGUCAAGAUCGAGGAUAUUAAACAACAUGCCGAUGUCAAUAUCCACGGCUUUAUUUACCUUUACCAGGCCUUCCGUGAUCUUCUCAAAAAGGCCAAGGAGCCUAAAUGGGUGACUAUUGGAUCAUCUGCAGCCUUUUUUACGGUAAUGAGUCACAAAACGAGUAAGGGCGAAAUUGCCUGCUGCGCUCUAAAAUGUCAUGUUUCAAGAUCUUCAGUGCUAAAAAUCUUUGCUAGCAACUUCAUUCCCAUGAGGAAUGCGGCUUACGCUCCGACCAAGGUUGUGCAGCACUGGUAUACUAAGGCCAUCUCCGCGGAAGAUGAAUGGUUGAACGCUUUUCCAAUUGAUCCUGGUUGGGUUCAGACAGACAUUGGUAACCGCGGAGCCGACAGUUUUGGUACUGAAAAACCUACUCUCACAGUAGAGGAGAGCGCUGGAGGUGUGGUGAAGGUUGUUGACGCUGCAACACGAGAAACUCAUAGUGGGAAGCUAUUCAGGUAUAAUGGAGAGGAGGAGCCUUGGUAG